UAAGGCCGGCCGGACAAGGCAGUGGCAGUAAGGGCGGCGGCGGCGGCGGCGGCGGCGGCGGCCGGGGGAGGGGUUGGGCGGGGGGCUGGCGGCGGCGGCGGAUGGACUCGCGGGUAUCGGAGCUGUUCGGCGGCUGCUGCCGGCCCGGAGGGGGCCCGACCGUGGGCGGAACCCUCAAGGCUCGGGGGGCCGGCAGCAGCAGCGGCUGCGGGGGCCCGAAGGGGAAGAAGAAGAACGGAAGGAACAGAGGGGGCAAAGCCAAUAACCCUCCGUACCUGCCCCCCGAGGCUGAAGAUGGAAACAUUGAAUACAAAUUGAAGCUGGUGAAUCCAUCCCAGUACCGCUUUGAGCACCUGGUGACACAAAUGAAGUGGCGGCUCCAGGAGGGACGUGGUGAGGCCGUCUACCAGAUUGGGGUAGAGGACAAUGGGCUGCUGGUGGGGCUUGCUGAGGAGGAGAUGCGAGCUUCCCUCAAGACCCUGCACCGGAUGGCAGAGAAGGUUGGGGCAGACAUCACCGUUCUCCGAGAGCGAGAAGUGGAUUAUGAUAGCGACACGCCCCGGAAGAUCACUGAGGUGCUGGUACGAAAGGUCCCUGACAAUCAACAGUUCCUAGACCUUCGUGUGGCCGUCCUGGGGAAUGUGGACUCAGGGAAGUCGACUCUGCUUGGAGUCCUGACCCAGGGAGAGCUGGACAAUGGGCGGGGCCGGGCUCGGCUCAACCUUUUCCGCCACCUGCAUGAGAUUCAAUCUGGCCGAACCUCCAGCAUCAGCUUCGAGAUCCUGGGCUUUAACAGCAAGGGAGAGGUGGUGAAUUACAGCGACUCACGGACGGCAGAAGAGAUCUGUGAGAGCAGCUCCAAGAUGAUCACCUUCAUCGACCUGGCAGGCCACCAUAAGUACCUACACACCACCAUCUUUGGCCUCACAUCAUACUGCCCUGACUGCGCCCUGCUCCUCGUCAGUGCCAACACUGGGAUUGCUGGCACCACAAGGGAACAUCUGGGGCUGGCCCUGGCCCUGAAAGUGCCCUUCUUCAUCGUGGUCAGCAAGAUCGACCUGUGUGCCAAGACCACAGUGGAGAGGACAGUACGCCAGCUGGAGCGGGUCCUCAAGCAGCCUGGCUGCCACAAGGUCCCCAUGCUGGUCACCUCUGAGGAUGAUGCCGUCACUGCUGCCCAGCAGUUUGCCCAGUCACCCAAUGUCACCCCCAUCUUCACAUUGUCCAGUGUGUCUGGAGAGAGUCUGGACCUCCUCAAAGUCUUUCUGAAUAUUCUGCCGCCACUCACCAACAGCAAAGAGCAGGAGGAACUCAUGCAGCAGCUGACAGAGUUUCAGGUAGAUGAAAUCUACACAGUACCAGAGGUGGGGACUGUUGUUGGAGGGACACUUUCCAGUGGGAUUUGCCGUGAGGGGGACCAGCUGGUGGUGGGCCCCACGGAUGAUGGCUGCUUCCUGGAGCUGAGAGUAUGCAGCAUCCAGCGCAACCGCUCUGCCUGUCGUGUGCUGCGAGCUGGUCAGGCUGCUACACUGGCGCUUGGGGACUUUGACCGUGCACUGCUUCGCAAGGGCAUGGUGAUGGUGAGCCCAGAGAUGAAUCCUACCAUCUGCUCAGUGUUCGAGGCAGAGAUAGUCCUACUGUUCCAUGCCACCACCUUCCGACGAGGAUUCCAGGUGACAGUACAUGUGGGCAACGUACGUCAGACGGCAGUGGUGGAAAAGAUCCAUGCCAAGGACAAACUGCGGACAGGGGAGAAGGCAGUGGUACGAUUCCGCUUCCUGAAACACCCAGAGUACCUGAAGGUGGGCGCCAAACUGCUGUUCCGGGAGGGUGUCACCAAGGGCAUCGGCCAUGUCACUGAUGUACAAGCCAUUGCAGCAGGAGAAGCCCAGGCCAACAUGGGCUUCUGAAUCCUCCAGGCAAGGACAGUUCUAUUGCUGUCCCUACAAUAUAUAAGGUGACAUCCGGCCAUGCUGCCCCACCAUUGGUGGCUCUGUGUGUUAAUAGGCUAGGGAGAGAGGAGUGCUGUCUGCCACUUGCUGCCUGCCAGCUUUCUGGAGAGGUGCCAAACUUGGUGUGGCCAGGGAAGGGCAGUCCUGAGGGAAAAGACAGGAUUCAGGGCGGUGCUCAGAAGCUGUGUGCUCAUCUGGUUGGCUCAUCAACCCUGGCAACCCUGUGGCCUGUCUGCUGGAGCUGACUUCAUCUACUCAUCAGUUCCUCUGCCCCACUACUAGGACUGGGCGUUUUGCUGGUGCGGUCUCUGCAUCACACAAGGGGUGGACCUCAAAAGCACUCCUUUUUCUGUACCUCUUUUCAAGGCCAUGUAAGUUGCCCAUCUCUACCUGACUGUGGACAGAGGUAUCUGCUUUUGGCCAUCUGGUGGUGGUGGCCCAGAAUCUGAAUGGCACAGGGACAGUGAAUGGUAGUGCUCCUACCCUGUGCUGAGGCCUGAGGCCUCUUCCUCAGCUUUAUCUCCCUAUCCUUCAUUCAAGGGCCACUUCCCCAGUCCCCGUCUCCCCCACCCCCUCCCAGCUCAUAGGCCCCACAGGUGCUAUUUGUUGUGCUGGCCCAGGUGUGGGGCUACCAAGCAAAGACUUGGCAUAUACCAAAGGCCAGCUGCAUGCCCAUCAGUCUGGUCCUUUUCCUCUGCAGUCAUGUUGGCUUUCAUGCUGGAUCAAAUGUUUUACAUCCCCAGACUGGUGGCAUCUGAGUUCCCUAUCCUGCCACUCCCACUCCUUUUUCCUGCCCCACCUAAACCCUCUUGUUUUAGUAAUUUGUUGUGACUGUUCCCUUCCCUCUGUUGCAGGGAACCAGGAGGAAAGGGAAAGAUGUUGCCAUAUUUCCUACUCUUUAGGCAUAGACUCUCCCUCUCCCUUUGUUAGUGUCCUGGGUUCCCAUGGACUCAGGGAUUUGUUGGCUGAGGUUUCUCUGUGCAUAUAUAUAUAUAUAUAUAUAUGUAUAUAUAUAUUUAAAUACACAUAUAUAUUGUACAGAAUAAAAAAUGUUUUAUUGAAUACACUGUGCUUAUGCUUAAGCUACAGGCUCAGCUUCCUUCCAGGGCUAGAUACCGCUUCAGGUUUAGAGACAAGGGAAACCCCAGCAUUGCUGAGCCCUGAAUGUGUCAAGAACCCAGCUGGUAUCUCAUUCACCAUUCUUUUUCUCUCCUUCACAUAGGAUCAGCGUUUCAGUACUGUAACCAAGCAUAGUGGCCUGUUUUGCAUAGUUCAAGUGAGCAGAGUACUGAGACCUUUCACCUGAAAUAGGUAGCUACCCUGUAUCUAAAGAGUUGGCCACUUGCUAGUGGUCAGAAUAGUAAGGAGCCCACUUCUACGACCUGUCAAAGACACGGUGCCAGCUGCUUAAAGAAGAGUAGAAUUUAGAGACAAAAGGUAAUCUGAUCCUACACUUUUCAAGUCUAUAUAGCUUAAAUUACUCUUGGAACAAUGAGGGGCACGUGACCAAACCUUAGUCACUGCUCCUAUGUUCAGACUACUUGAUUUUGACAUUUAUGAGUAGAUAAAUAGGGCCCAAAGUCAACUGUAAAUAGAGACUGCAUUUUGAGCAGACUCUGGUAAAAUAAGUAUGUGACUCAGAGUCCUAUGUGGCAUUCCGCCUCUAGAGUAUUAAAGUGAUAGCUUCCCUACCACUCAGGCUGUUUUAUAAAAUAUAAUUGGUUUAACUUGCUACUAAGAAGCCUGUAGUUAAACAAUUUCCUCCUGUAUUAGGGUCUAAGCUGUUUACUUCCUCUAUAGAGCUGCUGACAAACAGCUGAGGAAGGAAAAGCUAUAUUCAGCAAAAAGGUACUGUAGUUUUCACCUGGUACUGACUUCUGCAUGCCUGCCUGCUAUCCCCUCCAUAGACCCAUUGCCAGUGUGCCAGGGCAUGGCUGGCAUUCCCAAGAAAAUAAGGUAUGCUGCUGGUACUGUCUUUAUUGGUCAGCUACUAGCCACUUCCCCCCACACCCCUGCGAUUCUACCAGUUUGGGCCUCUGAAAAUACAGUGAAACCUAAGUCUGCAGCAUUGUUUUUAUGUCUCCAUGCCAGUUAACCCAACUGUUAAUUUAUUCAACUUGAUCUGUACAUCGCCAAGAGAUGAAAGCUUUGUUCAUAGUUUACUUAUCUUUUGCCUGUAUUAAAAAGGAAAUUUUGGAAAAUCA